CAGAAGGAAAGUCGGAUCAUCCCAUCUUGCUUUUACCAUUCAGCAUCACCAUGGAGUGGAAUAUUCCACUGGGCAGCAGAAACAGCCAUCCCAGCCGGCGGGCUGAGCUCUGUCCCCUCUCUGCCCGUGUCUCUGUAAAUCACCCUGCCCGAGCCCCUGGGGACUGCGCUGCGGGCGGCUAUGGAGGCUCUGGGUGCUCUUGCCCUGGGCCUCGGCGGCAAGCGGGUGCCUGUGAGCCCUGCUGAGGCAGAAGAGGGACGGGGUAGGGAGAACCCUUUGUGUGAAAUGUCCCCACGGUCCCUCCCUGAGACCUUCGGGUUCGGCUCCAGAGGUGCUCCCCCAGUGGAACCCCACUGUGGGUGGGAUGAGGUGGAGCGUGUUUUUAUUUUAUCCUGGUGUAGAAAAAACGUCCUGCCUUGCUUUGCCUUUCCUUCCUCCCUUCCUUCCUCCCUUCCUUCCCCUUCCCCCUAUCCCCUUCCCCAUCUCCUCCUCCCCUGCCGUCCCCCGCGGGCCGGGCCGGGCCGGGCGGGGCCAGGCGGAGUCUCUCACGCCCGGCGGGAGUCUUUCUCUCCCGGCUGGAUCUGCCGCUGCCACCGCUGCUCGCAGGAGCCGGAGCCACCUUCGGAGUGGGAGCCGGAGCCUGGCAGCGCCGCAGCCGAUGGAUAACUCCGUGACUCAGGACGAGGUGCGGGUGCGGGGGACACACACGAGGCUCCCCAGAAACGAGGGGGCUCCCGUCUGACCUGACCCCACUGUGUCCCCACGUGAUGAUAGACCGGAUGGACCUCCCUCACCUCACGAGUCCCACCGACCUCCCCAAGCACAUCCUGGAUAUCUGGGUCAUCGUGUUGAUCAUCCUGGCCACCAUCCUCAUCAUGACAGCGCUGCUGCUGUGCCCAGCCACGGCCGUCAUCAUCUACCGAGUCCGGACACACCCAACACGCAACGGCAUUGUGUGAGCCACGGGCACAGGGGCACGGCCAGCUCGCUGGGCUGGGGGCUGCAGCCAUAGGACCCUGUGCCAGGCACCUUCAUGGGGCACCCUGAGAGCUGGAACCUGGCCAGGAGCUGGGGUGGGCCAGCACCCAGACCUGCUCCUGUAGCUGGCUCUUGCUGGGUACCCACUGCUCAUCUUGCCCACUGAGCUCAUGGGGACUGUGGGGGAAAUGCCAGUGUGGGCAGCAGUGGGGAGAGGUGUGACUUUGGGGACAUGUCCAGCUGGAAAUAUCUCACUCCAUGAGAGAGGCAGGCUGGUCUCGCCUUCACUGGUGACACUGUUUCCUCGCAGGCAAGCAUCAAGGAGUGGAAAUGCCUGACAAAGUUAUUUCUUCUUUGGAGUUCCAGUUGUCAAGGUGGCUGGGGAAAAAAGAGUCAAAGCAAGAUGGAUGUGGCUUCUGGUUGUGCAUUUAGUGCUUGGCUAAAAAGAUCAGUGACAGAGCAGACGUACAGCUGGCACCAGCUUCUCCUCUACCCAUUAUCUGCAGAAAUGGUAGGAAAAUCCUGCAGGACUCUUAGUUCCUCUGGGUCUUGUGGGGCAGAGGAGUGUGUGCAGUUUCUGCCAGACCUCCUGUCUGCAUGCUGACUGCACUCCCCACUCCUUAUAGUGAGAGCUCCCACUGUUUGCCCAGCACACCAGCCCUGCUGGGGAGUCUGUGCAUGCCUCACCUGUGCAGGCAAAGCGGGAGGAACAGGUUUGUGCCCAGCCAGUGGCAAGGGAUCAUGUAAGCUCUUGUAUUACCCUUUGUUAUGAAAUAAAUGGACUUUAUCCUUCA